AUGGCCGAAUCAGAAACCGACCUCCGCAACGCCAUCAACGACAAAAACUUCGACAGAAAACAACUCCCCUGGUACCAGGCGCAACUGGCCCUGGAGGAUAUUUCCGACGAGGCGCGCCGUCUGCUCGAGGAGUACAGUGGGAUUGAGCGGGAGAAGGUGGUGGGGCAUGUGCAGGAUGUGUUCCCCUACCCCUGUCUUGGAACUUUUCGAUUCCUUAACCUGAGCGUCUCCUCCACGCCCUACUAUCAGGAAGUCCUCCAGCGGGUCAAGAAUGGAGAGACGUUUCUCGAUCUGGGAUGUUGUUUUGGUCAGGAGUUGAGGCAGCUUGCCUUCGAUGGAGCCCCCUCGGAAAACCUCUACGGCUCCGAUCUCCGUCUCGACUUCAUCUCACUCGGCUACGACCUCUUCCUCGACAAAGACAAAUUCAAGGCCCAUUUCAUCGCCGCUGACAUCUUCGACCCCGACUCCGACCUCGUCAAGCAGCUCUCCGGCAAGGUCGACAUCAUCUAUACCGGCGCCUUCUUCCACCUCUUCGACUUGGAGCAGCAGACCCAGAUCGCCAGACGCGUCGUCACCUUGCUGCGACCCCGCCCUGGCUCGUUGAUCCUCGGUCGUCAGGUCGGCAAUGUCGUUCCCGGACAUUAUCCACGCCGGUCAGGAGACGGUCUGAGAUACAGACACGAUGCCUCCACGUGGACCAAACUCUGGGAGCAGGUCGGUCAGGAAACGGGAACCAAAUGGAAGGUCGACGCAACCCUGUUGGAAAGGUCAUCGGAGCGCGAAUGGAGAUGGCACGACGAUGACUCGCGGUUGUUGAGGUUUGCCGUGAGACGCGAGUAG